AUGCCCCGAUGGGCGGCCUCAUCGUUUAUCCUUUUGCCGCUUGGUUGCUUCUUGUCACCGGACACACAAGCUUUUGCAGGGGCGCGCAGGGCCCUGAGCGAGAAGAUUUUGGAGCUUCGUUUGGGCCUACAGGUUCCGCCCUCUGUGAAGGAUGGCCUGUUCAAGAAUGAUAGCCCUACGAACUUCCUUGUCAUAGGCAACUCGGGCGUGGGCAAGAGUGCAAUACUGAACUGUUUGAUCGGGGACGAGGGCGUGCUGUUCCCGUCCGGAAUAAGUAUGUGUGAGGGAAUGACGAAGGGAUGCUGUCCACAGAGGAGGGACCAGCACCGAUUCAUCGACACACCUGGCAUGGGAGACCCAAGCAUACCGCCAGAGAGGACUGCAGAUGAGAUCACCAUGGCACUAAAGUUCGAUGGGCGCUACAAAGUCAUCUUCGUCCUCACGCUUGAGCACGGGCGACUCGAUGCUGGGCAAUUGGCCACCAUGAAGCUCGUCCUCGAUGCUGCCCCCAUCAAGAAAUACGGCGUGCUCCUGAAUCAGCUGACGGGCCCUGUGUACGAGAAGUUGAGCCAGAAGCAUGAGUUUGAGCGCCUGAUCGAAAUCAUCAAUAUGAACAUGCCAAAAGGAAAGACAGCAAGGAACCCGCGCUUUGUACAGCUGAUGCACGAGGACCUCCUGCUGCGAGAUGCAACGAACAAAGUGGUGAAUCUGCCGGAAGAGGUGGUCAGGUUCAUACAAGCUGUUCCUGGUGUACACCUCGCCAAAAAGAGGGUGGAGGCUGUGAGGACCAACUUGUGGGACAAGGAGAAGCAAGCCAUGCAGACAAGGUUGCAGAAGAUCGAUGACCGGCUCAGCUGGGUGAGAAUGUGGGUCGUGCGGAUUUCCUUUGCAGUGCUUGUAAAAUCCGGCUUGAGAAGACUUCGGCGAAAACUUGACCCGUUCUAUUAA